ACACUGAAAAGAGUCUGGUGGAUUUCUACUACUACAGGGAAACCGCUCCGGGAGCUCACAAGUGUUGGACCGUAGCAGCUGAAAGGAUGGGAAAUGUUCCAUAGACGAGGCUGGAGAAGAGUUUAAGAUUGCUGAGAACCUCUGAGCGAAGAUGGCCGUCUUUCAGAAUAACUUCUGGGGGGAGAAGAAUGCCGGCUUCGACGUGCUCUACCACAACAUGAAGCAUGGCCAACUGGCAACGAAGGAGCUCGCCGAGUUUGUCCGUGAGAGUGCUGCUGUUGAAGAGACCUACUCCAAAUCAAUGAGCAAACUAGCAAAGAUGGCCAGCAAUGGAAGUCCACAGGGGACUUUUGCUCCCAUGUGGGACAUCUUCAGAGUCUCUUCAGACAAACUGGCCCUCUGCCACCUCGAGCUGAUGAGAAAGAUGAACGAUCUCAUCCGAGACAUCAACAAGUACGGAGAUGAGCAGGUCAAAAUCCACCGCAAGACAAAGGAAGAGAUGGUAGGCACAGUGGAGGCGGUGCAGGCCCUGCAGGUUCAGAGCGGUCACCUUCAGAAGUCAAAGGAGGGAUACCACGCCAAGUGUUUGGAGCUGGACCGGCUCAGGAAGGAAGGAGCUCCACAGAAAGAGCUGGAGAAAGCGGAGCUGAAGUCUAAGAAAGCGGCCGAGUCGUUCGCGCUGUGCAUCGAGAAGUACAACCGCGUGGGAGGAGAGUUCGAGCAGAAGAUGAGCGAGUCGGCCCAGAAGUUUCAGGAAAUCGAGGAGGCUCACCUGCGUCAGAUGAAACAGCUGAUCAAAGGUUACUCUCACUCCAUAGAGGACACCCACGUUCAAGUGGGACAGGUCCACGAGGAAUUCAAGCAGAACGUGGAAAACAUCGGCAUCGACAACCUCAUCCAGAAAUUUGCAGAGCAGAAAGGCACGGGCAAAGACAGGCCAGCCCUGGUUGGUUUUGAGGAAUACAUGACGGCACCUGAGGGAGGGAAGAAGAGUCGCGCAAAGGCCUUCAGGAUCCCCGGCCUGGGAAAGAGGGACAAGGAGCCAGACUCUACAGACUCAGCAGUGACAGAAGCACUUAAUUCACCUCUGGAAGUGGAUGAUGAGGGAUUCGUCAUCCGAGCGGACAGCACUCAGAAUGAUAUCCUUUUACUGAUCGCUCACGUUCAUUCAGGAGGAUUCAGGGAUGUCAACAAUUAA